AUGGAGCGAGAAGCCAGAGAAGAAGAGGAGGAUGACGUCGGGAGUGCGCGCGAGGCGGCGAGCGGGAGCGGUGCGGGCGCGGCAGAAGCGCCAGCGGAUGAGGACGGAGAUGGAAGGACGGAGACGGAAGAAGAGAGAGACUCCGCCGAAGCUGCGGGAGACGCGGCGGAGGCGUGCCGGCGGUACACGCUCGGCGUGACGAAGGGGAGGCGAUUCCGCAGCGCCCACACCGGCGCGGUCUAUCAGCUGGAGGACAUCAUCGGCACCGGCAGCGCCGCCACCGUCUUCCUCUGCCGCCGCGUCGCGACUGCGGUCGGAGCGGAGACCCCCGAGGCGCGUGUAGGCGCCCGGCCCCCGAAGGAGACGGCGAACGAGGUGGCGGCGGAGAUCGGCGAGCAGGAGAGAGAAGCAGCGAAGAAAGCGAAACACGUGAGAGCCUCCCGAGCAAGCAACGGACAGUGCCGCGAGCGAGGGGAGGACGCAGAGGAGGCGGCGGCUCGCGAAGACGGCGACAGCUGGCGCACGAACCUCGCCGACGACGACCUCUUUGCGGUAAAAGUCCUCGACCUCAAAGCUAUCAAACUCUGCUCCGACUUCAGCCGCGAAAUCGAAAAAGUCCACAGAGAGGUUCGCAUUUUGCAAGCGCUUCGUCACCCGUGCAUCGUGAAUCUCGAGGACGUCGUGGAGGAGAAGGACUUCCUUUUUCUGGUCAUGGAGUACGUGAAGGGCGGCGAGCUAUUCUACAAAGUGGUGCAGAAAGGCUGCUUUUCCGAGCCGCAGGCCUGCUUCAUCAUGCACCAACUCGUCCACGCAUGCAUCUACAUGCACGGGAAGAACGUCCUCCACAGAGAUUUGAAGCCGGAGAAUAUCCUCGUCAGCCGCGUCCUCGAGGGCGACUUCUUCGUUGUGAAGGUCGCCGACUUUGGACUCGCGAAGCUGCUCACGCAGCGGUCGCUUGCGCACACCCUUGUCGGCACUCCGCAGUACUGGGCGCCAGAGGUGCUCGCGUGCGGCGACGGCCAGCACCGCCAGUCUUACGGCGCGUCUGCGGAUCUGUGGAGUCUCGGCGUCUGCCUCUACGUAAUGCUUGGAGGCAGCUAUCCCUUCGAUGAACGCGUGGCGCCGAUUCACACGCUGAUUCUCAGAGGCCAGUUCCACUUUCGUCACGCGCGCUUCCAGCGGGUGUCUGAGAGCGCGAAGGACCUCGUGAGGCGUCUGCUCACCGUCGACACGUUGCGGCGCAUCACCGAGCAGGACGUGCUCAAGCAUCCGUGGAUGCUGCGCUGGCUGAACCCGAGCGACGCGCGGCUCCUCCCUGCGGGCGCGGCGUCUCCCGGCGCUUCCUUCCUCCACAUGCCGCCGCUGCCGGCGCUCGAGAGCCCGUCGCCGCGUGCCUCGUUUGCCGACGGGAGUCCCUCCUCAGCGUCCGCGUGCGCCGCCGGCGAAGAGACGCCUGUGUCCCCACCCGUCUCCGCGUCCGCUCCAGCGGCGGCCGUGCGCGACGGCGAAGAUGCGCGCAGCGAGGCAGCCCCCGAUGCGCCUGAGAGGCGGCACGAGGCGACCGACAGGCGCAGCCGCAGUGGCGGGGAGCCUCCGGCCCGGGGCGCGGUGGCCGCCUCGGGCGGCGUGCGGCGACAGAGCUUCGCGGACGACGAAGACGGCGAGGCGGCGAGCCCUCCUUCCCAUCGGCCGUCGCUGUCUGCGCAUGCAGUUUCGCGGCGCGGAGCGAAUCAACCCGGCGGCGGGGUGGCGGCGCCUGCGUCGGCCAGCUUCGUGCUGCCCCCGUUCGAGCUGCCAGUGCUGCUGCCGCUUCAGCUGCACGCGCUGCUGCUGGUGCAGCUCCUUCUUCUCGCGCUGCGCCCGGCGCCCGCGCUGCAGGCCUUCCUGGAGCGGCUCCUCCGUAGUCUGCACCUGCUGCAGGCGCGCGUGCGGAAGUACGUCGCCUUCAUCGACUGCACCUGCAGCUCGGCGCUCGAGCUUCUCGAGGACGUCGCGGGCCUCUACGCCGAAGACGAGCCGCCGCCGAGCGCGCCUGCGCUCCGCGACGGCGGGCGGGACGCUGAGGCGGCGACCCGCGCGCGCGAGGAGGAGGCGGACGCGCGCGAGCGGAAGGCCGCGAUGCAGGAUCUCUUUGCCUGCGCAGACGAGUGGAUUGGCGCCAUGCGCAAGGAAGGCGAAGACUGCGGCCGCAGGUACGCCGCUGUCGAGACGCAGGUGCGCGAGCUAAUUGACGGCAUUGCAGCGAUGAAAAGGCGCGAAGAACUCCAAGGCAUGCGCGCGCUCGGCGGCGCCGCGCGGCCUUCGCCUCGAGUCGUGCAGCCGCGGGCAGGCGCGGGCGGCGGGCUGCAGGCGCCCGGGCGCUCUCGCGUUUCCUCCACGCAGGCGGACGGCGACGUGCGUGCGAAGGCGAGCGCUUCACCCGCAGAGACUCGGUUUGCGAGUCAGAAACUGAACAGCUUGACGCGGGCAGCAAGCAGUCUGGCGUCCUCCUUCUCGCUCGUCGCAGAGGACUACGUCAGCGCGACCCCCAGUCGCGGCGACACGGAUGACGGCGUCCGAGUCGAGCUGCUGAGCGAGGCGGAGGAAGACAGAAAAGGCGACCCCCUCGCGGUGGAGACUCCGCAGGGGGGGGGCGGGGCGACGCGAAGCGAAAAAGCGAGGAACGCGGAGGACGCCGACGCAGAAGAAGAAGGUGGAGAGGAAGGCGACGCAGGCGUCUGCGGUCGAGCCGUGUGGCGCGCGAGGCCCGCCGCCCCUGGAGGCGAGUACGGGCAGCGCAUGGAGUUGCUGCGCAAGCAUUUGCAGCGGCAGCUGAAGUCGCUUGUUGAAAACAGUUUCUUUGACGACUGCACGGCCUGUCCCGCGUCGCCGUGGAGAGACGACACCCCUUCUCAGGCCGUCCCCCCCGCCUGCGCCGAGGAAUUCGCGACGCCUGAGAGCGGAGGCGCCCAGCUCCCCACAGCGCCGUCGCGCGUGCGCCAGGCCGAAGAGAGCGACGCGCCGACCGCGGCGGCCUGCCGCGGCUGGGUGCUGGGGAGGCCGUGCGACGCGUCGGCGCUGACUCAGGAGAUCCUUGACUUCCUGUUCCUCUCCUCCGACGCCGCGGCUGUGCAUGCGAAGCUGCUCGCGGCGCAGCAGAGCGACAUGGCGCACCAGCAGACCGAGACGGUGGACGCGGCGGAGGCCUCGAAGAUGCUGUUUGACUUCGACGACGCCGGCAGCUCGCCGCUCGCGUCCUUCGUCUCGCCGUCCUUCGCGGGCGGAGACAGCCAGAGGCCGGUGUGGGAGUUCUUUUCGCAGUACGACGCGCGACGGGCGUCCGCGCCUCUGCCGGGAGCUCGCGAGGCCGCCGCCGGGGCACCUGCGCAGAAGACCGCCAGUCGGCAUGCGGAAGCAGCAACAGGAGAGUUCAGCGGCGAGAGGCCGCCGGACGCGGGUGAGGCGGCAAAGUUGAGUCCUCCGCUCUCACUCGAGCAGACGGAGGCGUCCGCGCGGGAGCCUGUGCCUGCUGCAGGCGCAUCGGGAGCUGUUGCCUCUCCGCUGUCCGCCUCCCCGUCCCCUGGCGCUCGCGCGGCUUCCGCGUCAAAGAGGAUGAUGGGGCCCUCGCGAGCGCUGUCGCCGCAGGUGUUUUUCGAGGAGAAGAUGCUGGUUUUCAAGCUGCUGACCAAGAGCCUGGACCGGCUCCGGCGCGUCGACUACUUGCUCUCCUGCAUCGCGUCCUUCUGGGACGCGUUCGACGUGGUGCUGACGCGCCUCGUUCAGCUGCAGCAGAUCCCCAAGACGCUCCUCGGCGUGCGAAACGUCAGCUUCAAGCGCCGCGCGCGCGAGCGCCUCAGGCUCUACAUGGCCGCCUGGGCGAAGAUCCAGGCGCAGUGCCGCGUCUACAUGCAUCUCGCCAAGCAGCGCGAAGAAAAGCUCGUCGAGUUCGGUCUGCACAUCCAAGUCACCGCCGACCAGGUGGACGCCAUUCACGCGCUGUCGUGA